ACGCGUGCUUCUUCCUUAAAGUUGGGCGGAAAUCGUUUGCGGCUAUCUAUUCCAGUUGUCUCUGACAAGAAGGAAAUGUUGUCCUUCUGGGAUGUAGCCAUUGAUUUCUCUCCAGAAGAGUGGGAUUGCCUGGAGCCUGCUCAGUGGGAUCUGUACAGGGAUGUGAUGCUGGAGAAUUACAGCCACCUUGUGUUCCUGGGUCUUGCUGUCUCUAAGCCAUUCCUCGUGACAUUUCUGGAGCAAAGACAAGGGCCUUGGGAUAUGAAGAGACAAGGAAUGGCCACUGUGUACCCAGGAAUAAUACCCAAUGAUCCUAACAACUGCAGCAAACUGACUAAUUGUAAAUCACUCCUUAUUACACAAAGAAGAAUUCAUAUAGGGGAGAAACCCUACAAGUGUGGAGAAUGUGGUAAGGCCCUUAGUUCUCAUAAAACACUUUCUAUACACCAGAGACUUCACACUGGAGACAAACCUUACAAGUGUGAAGAGUGUCAUAAAGCCUUCAGUACUCGCUCAUCACUUUUUAUACACAUGAAAAAUCAUACUGAUGAAAAAAUCUACAAGUGUGAAGACUGUGGCAGAACAUUUUACUAUCCUUCAAUGCUGAAGCAACAUCAGAGAAUUCAUUCUGGAGAGAAACCCUACAAGUGUGAAGAGUGUGGGAAAUGCUUUAGCUUUCCCUCAUUCCUUAAGCAACAUCAAAGACUUCAUUGUAGAAAAAAUGCCUUCAAGUAUGAACAAGGUGUCAAAAGAUUUCCCCCUCCUCUACCCCUUCAGGAACAUGAGCAAAUCCGUACUGAAGAGAAACCCUACAAGUGUGGAGAAUGCUAUAAAGCUUUUCGUUAUCACUCAGCCCUUAGGAUACACAAGACAGUUCAUACUGGAGAGAAACCUUACAAGUGUGAAGAGUGUGGCAAAUGUUUUUCCUCAUCUUCCUGCCUUAAAAGACAUCAAAUACUUCACUCUGAAGACAAACCCUACAAGUGUGAAAAGUGUGGCAAAUGUCUUUCCUCAUCUUCCUGCCUUAAAAGACAUCAAAUACUUCACUCUGAAGACAAACCCUACAAGUGUGAAAAAUGUGACAAAAGGUUUUCAUGCUCAGGCAGUCUUCAGGAGCAUCAAACAAUUCAUACCGGAGAGAAACCAUACACGUGUGAAAAUUGUCACAAAGCCUUUCGUUAUCGCUCAUCCCUUAGGAAACAUAAGACAGUUCAUACCAGAGAGAAAUCCCACAUAUGUGACCAGUGUCCUAGGGGCUUUUCCUCAUCCUCAUGCCUUGUACAACAUCAAGCAAUUCACUCUGAAGACAAUCCAUACUAGUGUGUGGAAUGUGGCAAAGCCUUUGUUAAUGUUUAUAGCCUGACUCAACACAUGACAGUUCAUGCUGGAGAGAAAUCCUAUAAAGGUCUCUUAUCAUUAUCAAUUGGUUCUGAAUUUAUUGUAUGGUCAUCUUCUAAAUUUAGAAUUUAUUAAUACAUAAAUCUGAUUGGUUAUUUAUGAGCUUCUAGAGUCUUGUUCCUACCAGGUAAAUGGAUGUUGUUAUGGUUGACCACAGAGUGGACAGUCAGGCAGUGGGGAGGCUGGGGCUAGCCAGAGAGUUGCCAGUGGCAGGAGAGUGGGAAGCCUGUUCGUCCAGUCCUUGACAGAGAGUUGACAGGCAGAGAGCACCUGGAGCACAGAGAGUUGGCAGUUUCUUUUUUAAUAUUUUCCUCAACAGUCUUUAAAAGUUUAUACUUCUUCAGUCCUUAAAAAACAUAAACUAAUUCAUGCUGAAUAAAACCUUGUAUGGUGUGCGGUAAAAACCAUUCCUAAUUCUUCAAACCGUAUCCAAAUCAAUCCAUAGGGUAGACUAUUAAGUGAAUUAGUUUGGAAUGUCAACACCACCAUCUUACUCCAAGGAGCACAAAUUUUGAGAAUGUCAUCAGAGAACAGUAGAGACUUCUCUUUACUAUAACCUCCCAACCAGUGUGUUCUAUAGUGUGCUUGAA